GAUCCAAUCUCCGCUUUCCUCUCGGACUAGACUCUCCCCUUCUAUAUAAUUCAGAGCAGAAGAAGAUUGAGGUAGAACGAUUGUCAAAUUAAACCAAACAAAAUCACUCUAUCUCUCUCCUAACCUAAAGUCCCGAUUAACUCAACCAUGUCCACAACGAGGAAACUGAUCACGUUGAAGAGCGGCGACGGCGAGUCGUUUGAAGUCGACGAGGCCGUGGCGAUGCAGUCGCUAACGAUCAAGCACAUGCACAUUGAAGGCCACGACGACGGCGACAUCCCGCUGCCCCACGUCACGAGCAAGAUCCUGGCGAAGGUGAUCGACUACUGUCAGAAGGAGCUCUACUCCUCUUCUUCCACGGCCGAGGCCGAUGCCGGCGGCGGCGACGAAGAUGUGAUCAAAGCGUGGAAGAUGAGUGAUUUGGCCGGAGUCGGGGAGGACACGCUGUGGGACCUACUUCUGGCGGCGAACUACUUGGAGAUCGAGGGGCUGGUGGAUCUAGCGUACGAGGCUGUGGAGGAGAUGGUGAAGGGAAGGAUCGAUCCGGAGAUAAGGAUGGUUCUCAACCUGCGGGAGGACCAUCGUUGCUGUCAGAAACCCUGGGCAUGCAUAUGAAUGGAUGAUCAAGAUAUAGGUAUAGUUAGCGUAUUAAGAUGUAUUAGGCUACGUUUAUGUGUUGUAUGUGUGUAGGGCCCAUGCUAAUUAAUUAAGCCCGCACGUAAACCACAUGCUGGCCCAUGUUCAUGCAUGGUAGACGUCUCUGCUAAGUCUAACCUAGGGCAUGAUAUAGAUAAAGAGGUGAAAGUGGC